UUUGUAGCCCUUACCGUUUACGUCCGUGGUGGAGUUACCAGCAGUUUGACCAUAGAUUCGCAAAAUGGACACAUAUUAUGCGGAGCAAACCUCACCAUAGAAAGUACGUUCCUGCACUUCAGCAUCGGCCCCGCCACAGCGAGGAUGUUCCCCUGCCUGGCCCACAGACCAUGGCAUGUCUUGUGCAGGGUGUCCAUGCAGCACCGGUCGUUCGUGACCCAGCGGUCCCCGCGGUUCCCCCAGCUGUGCUACGGUUGGCAAAGUGGAGGCAUACACAGCUUAUGGUUCAGCCUGCCAGACUGUCGUGUGGCCUCUUUGGGACUGAGCAAGGUCCAGUACUAUUCAACCUCUGACAACAGUAAAGAUGGUCCUCCAAAAUCAGGAUCGGCUGCUCCCUCAGCAGAGAAGGUUUUGUCGGGUGCUGCAAAGAUCACUCCAGAUUCACCAGGUACCGCACCUCAGGGCCUGACAAAAGCGGAGACUAUUCAUGUGAAAGUCAGAGCAGUCCUUAAGAAAAGGGACUACGGGCCCAAAUACACCCAGAACAACUUCAUCACUGCUGUUAGAGCUAUGAAUGAGUUCUGCCUCAAACCAAGUGAUUUGGAGCAGCUCAGGAAGAUCAGGAGGCGGAGCCCUCACGAUGACACAGAGGCUUUCACUGUGUUCUUGCGGUCAGAUGUGGAGGCAAAAGCACUUGAUGUGUGGGGAAGCCAUGAAGCUCUGGCCCGAGAGAGAAAUCUCAGAAAAGAGGUGGAAAGAGAGUACCAAGAGAAUAUUUUUAGAAACCAGCAGCUGUUGAAGGAAUACAAAGACUUUUGGGGAAACACUAAGCCACGAUCAGGCAAGAGGGCAACCUUUUCCCAAGGCCCAGGGAAAGUGGUGAUGGUAGCUAUAUGCAUCAACGGCUUGAAUUUUUUCUUCAAGCUCCUGGCGUGGGUCUACACUGGGUCAGCGAGCAUGUUCUCAGAAGCCAUCCACUCGCUGGCCGACACCUGCAACCAGGGUCUGCUCGCGCUAGGAAUCAGCCAGUCGGUCCGAAACCCUGACGCCGGGCACCCGUAUGGCUUCUCCAACAUGCGCUACAUUGCCUCCCUUAUCAGUGGAGUGGGCAUUUUCAUGAUGGGUGCUGGCCUUUCAUGGUACCACGGCAUCAUGGGAUUACUACACCCAGAGCCCAUUGAAUCUUUGUUGUGGGCUUACUGUAUUCUUGCCGGCUCUCUGGUGUCUGAAGGAGCCACAUUACUUGUUGCCAUUAAUGAGAUAAAGAAGAGCGCCCGUCAGCAGGGGGUGUCUUUUUAUGAAUAUGUAAUGCAGAGUCGAGACCCCAGUACGAAUGUGGUGCUACUGGAGGAUGCUGCCGCUGUAUUGGGGGUCAUCAUGGCCGCCAGCUGCAUGGGGCUCACCUCGCUCACAGGUAACCCGUACUACGACAGCCUGGGCUCGCUGGGCGUGGGCACGCUGCUGGGCACCGUCUCCGCCUUCCUCAUCUACACCAACACAGAGGCUCUGAUUGGACGCUCCAUACAGCCAGAUCGUGUGCAGAAGCUUACAGAGUUCCUGGAGAACGACCCCGCUGUAAGGGCCAUCCAUGACGUGAAGGCCACUGAUAUUGGACUGAGUAAAGUUCGUUUCAAGGCCGAAGUUGACUUUGAUGGCCGAGUGGAGAUUCAGCAGGUGAAAACGCCAGAGGAGCUGGAGAGCUUCAUGCUCAAACACGGGGAGAACAUCAUCGACACGCUGGGGGCGGAGGUGGACCGCUUGGAGAAGGAGCUGAAGCAACGUAACCCAGAGGUGCGCCACGUCGACUUGGAGAUACUAUAAAGCCGCCGAGGCUCUGCUGAGGAAACAUCCCGCAACUACGUGUGGAAGAACCAAAGCUGAAGGGAUGAAUGAGCCCGCCCCCACCAUACGCCCCCCCCUCCCCGACCACCACAAACAAAGCCCCAUCAAGUCUUACUGUAGAGUAGUUGUGAAGCUUCAGAGCAGUGAGCAUCUGCGCGCCGUGAGUUCCCCCUUCACACCCAGGUGUGUUUGUUUCUGGCAAAGGACUCAGGGCCGUCAUCAGAAAGCGCCGCCCCGCUGCCUCCGUGCCGUUUCCCGGUUGUUUGCUUGAGCUCACAUUCCUCCAUAAAGGUGGCUGGAUUUGGAUGAGGUCACAUCUGUUUCAAAAGCAAAACCCUGGACAGGACCAGAAGCAUCCACUAGACUUUAAUGUGCUGUCUGAACCACAGUGAUCGUCUCUCCUUCUAUAGUUCAAAGGAACUCUAACAGCUACAUAUUUAAAUAAGACUUAUUUAAAGCGUAGACAAUACUAGCUUGUUUUCUUUUAACGUCAAAGCUUAUAGUCGAUGGCUGCAGGUUUUCUGAUGAAAACGGUGAAGUGUAAAUUUUAUAUCGACUAGACAAAACACGCCGAUCUGUAUUUGUUUUCUGGAGUUGAACUGAUUUGAGGGUAACAGUAGCCUUUAAGAAGCACAAGUUUGUGUAGAAAAACGAAUGUAUGAAGAUCGUCACAUUCAUUCAUCAUGUGUUAUGAAAUGAAAACAAAAGAAACUGUACCCGUUUGUUGAACUUGCUAAUCUUUGCUGAAGGUUUAUUGAGCAGAUUGAACACCCUCCAAAGCCAACAAAGGACAUUAUAGUCAUCCCCCGUCAGGUUUCUCAGCCUGCUGUAAACGUUGCUGUUCAGAUUUGAGGUUGAAGAGGUUUUUGGGGUUUCCAGAAGCUCAACAGGUGGCUGUUUUUGUUUUUUUUUGCCCCCAAAGAUGAAUCCCCGGGCGAAGGGAAAGGCCUCUCCCUCAUCUUCUGCUGCCUGUAAUAAAAGCUAAAGUGUUUUCAUAUUGCUGGACGUCACCCUCUGCAGUGUGUGGUUAAAAUAUUACGUGACCGGCCACCAAAGUUGGUGUUUUCUGCUGAAUAAUCUGUAUCAAAAUGCAGUCAUUGUGCUUUUUGCUUCUGGGUCUGCGGCCGCUGCUCUCCCGCUUCAGGAGGGGGGCCAGAGCCCUGGAGCUCUGCUGGGAGGUGGAUCUGUUUUUGUUUUUUUUGAAGGUGUUAAUAGUGAAAUGUUUUACUUAUGUUCGCACUGCCGAAGGACUUGGAAUAAAUUGAAAAUAAUUUAUUAAAUUAUGUCGCUU